CCGCAAUUCAACCGUGAUUCACGAUAUUCCUGCCAUCAUACAACCAUCUAAUCAACUAUUUUAAAAUUGCGAAGUCGCUUUUUUCAAUAAUGGCAGAAAACACUAAGAGUUUAACGACUGAUAUAUCGUUUGAAAAGAGGCCGCAAUUCGGCAACCGUACGCUCAGCGAAGAUACCAAUGUUUUUCAGCAUAACGCAUGGGAUAAUGUGUCAUGGGACGAAGACCAAGAGAGAGAGGCACGAGAAAAAGUGGCAGAAAAUUCAACAGUUCUUGCAAGUCCCGAACAGAUUGCUAAAUACGAAAAUGAAGCUGAUAUAUACUGGGAUAAAUUUUAUGGAAUACAUCAAAACCGGUUUUUCAAAGACAGACAUUGGCUAUUUACUGAAUUUCCGGAGUUAGCUCUUCGUCAGGUACAAGAAGAUGUUCUUCAAGCUAUUCGUGUGUUCCCAACCCCCAAAAACUCUGGCAAUGAUGAGAACAGUAGUAGACCUUCAGAACCAUCUACCGUGGGUACCAGAAUAUUUGAAGUCGGUUGUGGUGUGGGAAACACCAUAUUUCCAAUAUUAUUAUACAACACUGAUCCUUCGUUAUUUGUUUAUUGCUGUGAUUUUUCUUCUACUGCAAUCGAUAUACUCAAAGAAAAUCCUGCUUAUGAUACAUCCAGGUGUAAGGCAUUCGUCUUGGAUGCAACUCAGGAAGAUUGGUCUCCACCUUUUGAUCCUCAAAGUCUGGACAUCGUUAUACUGAUAUACGUCCUUUCUGCUAUUCAUCCAGACAAGAUGGAACAUGUCUUGAAACAAAUAUACAAAUAUCUGAAACCUGGAGGCGUUGUUCUAUUACGAGAUUAUGGAAGAUACGACUUAGCUCAGUUGAGAUUCAAGAAAGGACGAUGUUUAUCUGAGAAUUUUUAUGCACGAGGAGAUGGCACGAGGGUUUAUUUUUUCACUCAAGAUGAAGUGAGGCACAUGUUUGUUAGUCAAGGUUUCAUAGAGGAACAGAAUAUUUUAGAUAGACGAUUACAAGUGAAUCGAGGUAAAUUAUUGAAAAUGUACAGAGUGUGGCUGCAGGUUAAAUAUCGAAAGCCUUUUUGACAAAACUCAAUCAAAUGUAAAUCAAAUAAAUAUCCAACAUGGUAGUUUCACAAUUUUGUAAAAUUAUUUUAUUUAAAUAAUUGACAAGUACAAAUCAAUCACGAGACUAGACAGCUACUAAUUUCUUACCAAUUAAAAUUUACCCUAAUACAUUACUGGACAUAAUUCUCGAUAUAAGUUAAGCACAGUUAAUUAUUACUUCUGGUAAUACUUGUUAACUGACGAUGUUUCAUAUAAAUGUGUUUUACGAUUUUUGUACUAAACUUUUCAAUUUUUUUUCAUUAUGAUUAUUAUUAUUUUUUUCUUCAAUUUUCUUCAUAGAAAUAUAUAAUUGUACUUAUCAAUACUGGUUUGUAUAAUUAAUCAUACACGUCAUAUUGUUUUGGGAAUACUCAAUUGUUACCGAAAUAAUUUUUCACAUUCAAAAACAUAUGUAGUUACCAAUGAUUUUUUUGCCCUUCUCUACCUAAAUAGAAUAUAGGUAUGUUUAUCACCACGGGAUGGACGAUAUGACAGUAUGUUAAAUACCAGACGUGCGUGGUAAUGUUUUUUUUUUUAAUAAAAUUGCUAAUUAAAAUGAAAAAUAAUAUUUCCUCUAUCUUAUUUUUAUGUACAUGUUAAGGUUAUUGCAUAAAUCAGGUAUGCUUUUUAAAUCAAUAAUAAUACAAAAAUAUACAAUUGAAAGAUUGAACAGAACUAAUCAGAGCUGCAAGAUAUUUGGGGGGGGGGGGGGGGAGAGGGAAUAAA